AUAACAAGUAAAACCCUCAUGGCACAUGAAUAUCCAUUUCUUAGCAAGAUGCAAAUAUGGGAAGUUUUUCAUGUCUAGCCCACCAUACCAAACUUAUUAGACACUAACCUGGUGGGGAAAAUGUAUGUUAGCUAAGGCAGUUGAACUCCUCUUUCAAAUUCAAAUCUAAUUGAACAUUUCAUUAUGUAUAUAUAAAAGUCAUUUCCUAAUUAACUUGAAUGCCAUUCACUAACAAUGAAGAUGAUGCUACCAUCAGCAAUAAUAACUACAACCUUUUUGUUGAUGACUUCAACAAUAAAAAUGGUUGAUUGUCAGACUCAGAAUAGCAUAGCAUGCACAAUCUCCAUGAUGAGCAGCAUCACCCCAUGCGCCAACUUCAUCACCGGAAGCGGCAACAACAACGGCGGUGUGACGCCGCCAUCAAGCACGUGCUGCGAUUCAUUGCGCGAUCUGAUGAGUUCCAGCAUGGAUUGUGCUUGCAAGGUUUUAUCUGCAAAUGCUCCAAAUCUGCAACUGCCCAUCACACAAGCUGUUGCCAUCUCCCUUGCAACCGCAUGUAACAUUAAUGGACUCUCUGCACACUGUAAAGGAGAGGUGGUGGAAGCAGAUUCGCGGGCAAAAACACCGUGAAUUACUAGACCGGUAGCGAUGACUCAUCUUCCAUGGCACGUUUAUCAUGAUCCUCUGUUUUCCACAUUUAUCUAAGAAUGUACGACGAACAUUAUCAUGAUUUGUGACUUUAAUUGCAUUAUUACGUGACCAUCUUAUUAUUU